CAACUCUAUUUUUAUAGGUAUUUCUCUUUUUAAUAACUUCUCCGUCUCUGACGGUUUGUCUUCUCCCACUGUUUUCUGUUUAGCUACUACUUAGUUCAGGGAAAGAAAGUUCUUUGGUUUUUGCGCGGCAGAACCACCUGCGUUCUAUGGGAGAAGAUCGAGAUUCCGAUUACGUCGGCCUUCCUCCUGUUCUUUCACCGGAUAAGGAAGACAAAAGCUUUAACAUUUUUGUUGAUCUUUUACCCCGCAGAUCCGGCGUCCUUAGUCCUUUCUAUUCGUCGGAUGUGCAAAGGGAAAACGAAACCAAUCAUUAUUCAGCCAGAUCCGACUAUAGUGAUGAGGGGCACUGGCCGGAAGGGGUUUGGAGCUCUCCCAAAAGACGCAAAAUUCCUGGGGUAGAUCGCAUCAGCGAGUUGCCCGACUCCGUCAUCCACCAUAUCCUCUCAUUUUUACCGGCUGAAGACGCCGUCAAGACCGGUGUUUUGUCUAAGAGAUGGAUGUAUUUAUGGACCUGUGCCCCAAAACUUACCUUCCGAUACAAUCCUUGUCGUCCUGAAUUAUCUGUUCGGAGAUUCUUGAGGUUUGUCGAUAAAACCCUAUUUUUCUACUCCUCUAACAAGAUGGAGAAAUUCGAACUAGAUCUUGAUUGUGUGUUUGCCGAAAAGGAAAGGAAUCAUUUAGAUUCUUUAAUCCAAAAGUGGCUCCGUUUCGUUACCAGAUGUCUUGUAGAGGAGCUUUCUUUGAAAUUCUGCGGAAGUGUUUAUCAUUAUCCCAUCCCGCAAUUUGUCUUCAACAGUUCUUCACUGACAAAAUUAAGUACGACUGAAUGUUAUUAUGCACCCAAUGGACAGGUAUGUUGGACAUCGCUUAGGGUUUUGACUAUAGAACACGCUGAGUUGUUCAAUGAUGCGCUUCAAAAGAUUUUAGCUGGUAGUCCUAUGCUUAAAUACUUGAAAUUGUAUGCCUGCUCGGUUAUAACUAGCAUUAAUAUCAGUUCAAGUUCUGUGCUUGAAUACUUGGAAGUGCAUAGAUGCGGGCAUAUAACUCGUAUUGAUGCUAGCUCAAAUAGUAGGUUAGAGAAAUUGGUGUUGAAAGAAAUGCGGAAUGAUGAGUAUGAGGAACACAAUGAUGUGAUAGAAAUUUUGUGUCCUAAUCUGAAAUCAGUGGAAAUUUCGGGGUACUGGUUCCAAAAGAUAUGCAGGUUGUUGAAUGUAUCCUCGUUAAUCGAUGCCUGCCUUACAUUUGAACUUGAGGUUUCUCAGUUUGAUUACAUUGACAUCCCAAAGGAGCUGCUUGAGAAAAUCAAGCACGUCAAGAAAAUUACUCUUGGCUCUUAUUGUGUUCAAGUUCUGUCCUUAUUAGAGUUCAGAGGAUUGCCCUCUCCAUUGUACAGCAGCAGUUGCGAAUGCUUAACUCUAAAUACAGAACUUAACAACUGGUAUCCCUUUGGGUUGGCACACUUGCUUCACUGCUUUCCAACUUUGCAGAAACUGGUCAUAGACAUGACAAUUAUUUCUGAGACUGAGGAAUCACCUGAAUAUGUUCUGUCCUUAUUAGAGUUCAGAGGAUUGCCCUCUCCGUUGUCUGGCAGCAGUUGUGAAUGCUUAACUCUAAAUACAGAACUUAACAAAUGGUAUCCCUUUGGGUUGGCACACUUGCUUUACUGCUUUCCAACUUUACAGAAACUAGUCAUAGACAUGACAAUUAUUUCUGUGGUUGAGGAAUCACCUGACGUGGUUUUUCCAGAAAACUAUCUGGAAAGAGUAGACAGAACUUUGAUUUGCUUGCUUGAACAUCUGAAGACCAUUGAGAUUACUAGCUUUAUACCCUAUCAGCUUGAACCAGAUGAUCUUGGAUUUGUAAGUUUUCUGCUUGGGAAUGCAAGGGUGCUAAAAGAGAUGGUCAUACACUUUGGAUGCAAAGGUUCAGAGUUUGAUUUAGGUGAAGAGGCUAAACUUUUUGAUCUGACUCAAAAAUUGCUAAGUUUGCCAAGAUGCUCACCCCACGCGGUAGUUCUUAUUGAUUAGUUCAUUUUUUUUCUUUUCAACUGAAUUUAGUGAUUAGACCAUAACAAAACUCAACCAGCCUGUAAUUAUUAUGUCUCUAGCUUAAACUGUAUUCAGGAUUUGAACCAAAUUUCCACAGGCCGCACACUAUGGUUUAUACUUCAAGAUGAUCUUGGAUUUGUAAGUUUUCUGCUUGGGAAUGCAAGGGUGCUAAAAGAGAUGGUCAUACACUUUGGAUGCAAAGUUUCAGAGUUUGAUUUAGGUGAAAAGGCUAAACUUUUUGAUCUGACUCAAAAAUUGCUAAGCUUGCCAAGAUGCUCACCCCAUGCGGUAGUUCUUAUUGAUUAGUUCUUUUUUUUUUUUCUUUUCAACUGAAUUUAGUGAUUAUGUAGUGGAAUGGUAAAAUGUUAUGAGUGGUAUUAGAUCAUAACAAAACUCAACCAGCCUG